GGUCGGAGUGACAGGUCGUGGGAUGACGCAGCGAGUUUUCCCGGAGCGAGUUGUGGAUGAUAAAUAGUUCGCGUUCGCUCGCUCGGAGAGGAAGAGGCGGGCAGUGGGCGGUCUGAGUGCUGUGACUGUGUGUGCUGAGCUCUCUCGCUGUCGGUUUCUCGUGGAUGCGGCGCCUUCGGGUCUGAAAUCAGAAACAAAAGUGGAGUCUCCAAGGAUGCCGCAGCCCAAAUCGCGGAAAAUCGCGAUCCUGGGCUACCGCUCUGUGGGUAAAUCUUCAUUGACAAUUCAGUUUGUCGAAGGACAGUUUAUCGACUCUUAUGAUCCUACGAUCGAAAACACAUUUACUAAAUUGUUAUCUGUGAAUGGACAAGAUUAUCAGCUACAGUUGGUGGAUACCGCUGGGCAGGAUGAGUUCUCCAUAUUCCCUCCGACAUACUCUAUAGACAUUAAUGGAUAUAUACUGGUGUAUUCGGUCACAUCCAUCAAAAGUUUUGAGGUGAUUAAAAUUAUCUAUGAGAAAUUAUUGGAUAUGGUGGGGAAAGUUCAGGUACCCAUAAUGCUUGUUGGCAAUAAGAAGGACUUGCAUAUGGAGAGGGUGAUCAGCUUUGAAGAAGGGAAAGCAUUAGCUGAAUCAUGGCACGCAGCUUUCCUGGAGUCAUCUGCUAAAGAAAAUCAGACUACUGUUGAUGUUUUUAAAAGGAUAAUUUUGGAAGCAGAAAAAAUUGAUGGCGGAAGUUCACAAGGGAAGUCCUCCUGCUUUCUAAUGUAAUUCCACUACAGAAGAUACGGACACUGGGAAUAUAUUCUACUUGAAUAAGUAAACUGCCUGUUCUACUUCCCUUAACGCUUUACCUGUCAGAGUAGAGUGUGGGCAGGGAAAGGGUUAAUCUAAGAGAUUAUGGUAUGGAUGGUCACAGCCUUCUGUUUUGUUUUGUUUUUACUUUUCUUUUUUUCUUUUUCUCAAAUCUGACGUGCUCAGAUUUCUCACUACUAUCUUUAAGAUAAUAAAAAACCUCAAUCACAAACCUUCAACUUGUAUAUCAUAUUUCUUAAUAUUAUGGCCAAGACUUUUACUGGCAUUAAUUUUUCAGUGUAGUUUGUUUAUAAUAUUGUAAUCAUCCAUGCUGCAUAUUGUUACAUUACUCUCUAUUAACCAGGCUUCAAAGUCAGUGUUUCUUUCAUUCUUUGAUUGUUCAAUGUAAACUUGUAAAUAAAACAGCUGCAGACCUUACAA